GCGGAAAAGUCGGACCCCUUCCCGCUGGGCGCCGACAUCAAGUGGAAUUUUGCGAAGUUCUUAGGCGAGGUCAUCAGCCGCUUCGGGCCCCAGCAGUCUCCCCUCUCGUUCGAGGGCGAGAUCGCCGCCGCCCUCGACGCGUUGCCGGUCGAGGCCGCCGCCUGA